CGGCAGUCUCUGCAGUCUGCAAGGUCGUUGCCUUGACAACCGACUCAAACGAGAUCUAUACCUAUAAAGAUUCGUUGAAACACACUCUCUGCUUUGGCAAAAGCCAAAAGCCUCUUACGAUUUGUCGCAAUUCUUACAGUACAACACUACAGCCAAAGCCCUUAAACAGAGAGUGGAAAAAGAAAAUUCAUUUCUGUCAUUUUCAUCGUACUCAAUAGUCACAGCAACAUACGCGUAGAAUUCCCCUUGGUUUAUGAGAGACAGCCAACAAAAAACAAAACCCAUCAUUCUUUGAUGAUACAAAUGCCAAUAGCAGAUUUUAUUAGAUUAGAUUACAUUCUUUCUUCUCUGUAGAAUCAAAAUUGCACAUAAUAUAUAGUGUAGAAAACAAUCAAUUAUAGGCAUCACAACUCACAAGGAGAAAGAGAAACAAUCAAUCAUCAUUUCUUCACUCUGAAUUCUCCAAAACCCAGCUCUUUCAGACUUCACUUGUGGAUGUGAUGCAAAAUUGGUCACUGGGUCAUCAUGUUUGGGAAAACAAAGUUAUGACAUCUGCCUUUUGGAGUGCAAGAGCUUUGUUGAGAUAAUAGAAUGGCAAAGAAAAGAAUAGAUGACUAUGAACCAGGUCCAGUUCCUCCGCCAGCACCAUUGGAUCGAUUUGGGUUUGUAAAGCGGGAACUUAGUUACUCUCAUGAUGGUUCGAUGAAAGAAAGAUCAGCUUAUGAAUAUGAGAGGGAGGAAAGAAGGGUUCAAAAAUGGAGGAAAAUGAUCGGGAUUGGAGGGAGUGAUUGGGCAUAUUAUGUCAAGAGAAAACCACAUGUUGUAAAAAGGCGUAUAAGGAAAGGAAUUCCUGAAUGUUUACGGGGUCUCAUUUGGCAGUUGAUAUCUGGAAGUCGGGACCUUUUGCUGAUGAACCCCGGGGUUUAUGAGAGACACAGACCAGGUCAAAGGUCCCUUUACAAUGUUUUGAAAGCAUACUCUGUUUUUGACAGAGAAGUUGGUUAUGUUCAGGGAAUGGGCUUUUUAGCUGGUCUAUUGCUUCUUUAUAUGAGUGAAGAGGAUGCCUUCUGGUUAUUGGUCGCAUUACUGAAAGGAGCUGUCCAUGCUCCAAUGGAAGGAUUAUAUCUGGUAGGACUGCCUCUGGUACAACAGUAUCUUUUUCAGUUUGAUAACCUGGCGAGAGAGUAUUUGCCAAAGCUGGGGGAGCAUUUUACCCAAGAAAUGGUAAAUCCUAGCAUGUAUGCAAGUCAGUGGUUCAUAACUGUUUUCUCAUACUCUUUUCCUUUCCAUUUGGCUCUUCGAAUUUGGGACGUCUUUCUCUAUGAGAUAUAUAUCUAUCAUAUUCAUUUGCAGGGUGUUCAAAUUGUUUUUAAGGUUGGUUUGGCCCUACUAAAGUAUUGCCAUGAUGACUUGAUAAAAUUACCUUUUGAGAAACUCAUAUAUGCUUUGCGUAACUUCCCUGAGGAUGCAAUGGAUCCAGAUACGUUAUUACCAAUGGCCUACUCGAUCAAGGUAUCUAAGCGUUUAGAGGAACUGAAGCAGGACUAUGAGAAGAAGAAUCAAAAGCCAGUUCAAUCAAAAGAGUUCAAUGAAAAGCAGAAACAAUCACAAGAAAGGUUCUUAUCAUCUAAGAGGAGCUAAGCAAGACUUGCCAAUCUAUAGCUUCCAAUUCUUUUAUUCUUUUUCUUGGUGAUAUGUUGUAUGAAGAAACAUGUUUCAAACAUUGACUGUGUUUCAAACAUGCGUUAUAAAGCCUCUGAAAAAUCACCGCUUACAAGUGAAACCUUUUUCCAGCAAAAUUAUACUGCUCAUUGCUCAAUAUACAUUUCUGAGGUGACUUGUUCAUCA